AUGGUUGAGCUUCAAUCCAUCUUCAAAAAGGCCUACUGGUCUCUGGCCGCCGGUGGUCUCGCAUAUGUGACUUUUGUAUUUGCCAUGACAUUUCCAAAUGUCCAGCGGUCGCUUCUCUAUGUGAACAAGUUCAACCCGACUCUCUGGGAGGACGUCAACAAGGUCGAACCGUUCGGGUUCAUGAAAACGCAGGUUCAGCCUUUCAAUCUGAAGACUCCCGAUAAUGAAACGCUCUACGGAUGGCAUCUCAUCCCUUUGCAUCUGUGCCACGAGCAUGAGGAUGAGCUGAAUGCAAACGAGCCUUCUGGUCCACAUGAAGAUUAUACCCAGACAUCUGCUUUCAAGCUUCUAGCCAAAGACCCGAAUGCCCGGGUCGUGGUUAACUUCCAUGGCAAUGCUGCCCAUCUUGGUUCUGCCCAGCGACCAGAAAUCUACCGUAUGAUCCUGGGUCUAUCCACGCCCUCCAACCCUGUUCAUGUAUUCUCCAUCGACUACCGUGGAUUUGGUCUCUCAACCGGUGAGCCCUCCGAGGAGGGCCUCAUCACCGAUGGCGUCUCACUCAUCAACUACCUCACCUCCGGACCAUUGAACAUCCCACCCUCCCAAAUCGUCAUCAUGGGCCAAAGCCUUGGAACUGCCGUCAGCGCUGCCGUCGCAGAACGCUUCGCCUUCGGCUCUUCUGACCCUACCGCUAUCCAACCCGCCAUCAAAAACUCGGAACCCUUUGCAGGUGUCAUUCUCGUGGCGUCCUUCAGCACUCUGCCCAGUCUCAUCGAGUCCUACAGCUUCAAGGGAAUCACUCCGCCGAUGCUCUCCCCCCUCAUCGGCUACCCUCGUGUACAAAAGUGGGUGGUAAACCACAUCGUUGACAGCUGGGACACAGCGGCACGUGUAGCACGCUUGGCGGGAAUUGGCCCAACCGCUCAAGAAGACUCUAUCGCUGGCUAUGGGGAUAAAGAUCUGGACCUGGUGAUUGUACACGCUUCGAAUGAUGUCGAAAUCCCCUGGUAUGAAGGACGGCGCGUUUGGUGGGCUGCGACUGGUGAAGGCCAGCCAGAUGCCCCUGGCACCCUAGCCGUUCAGAAAAAGGACAAGGACGGCGAAGUGAAAAUCUGGGAAAACAGGUCUCAGGACUCAAAGGGUGUUAAGAAGGUUAGGUGGGAGCGGGUGGGUUACGGCGGUCAUAACCGUGUUGCAACCUUUUCUGUUGCUGCCCUGGCCGUUCUGCGGGCCUUUGAAGGGUGA